GUCACUGCCGGCCGGGCCCUGACUGGCUGCAUCUUUGACCUGCACUGCAUCGAUUCUCACGAGGAGCACGUGCACAGCGAGACCGGAGAUGAACUCAUCCCUCACCCUCGCUGCACAGAUAAGGAAGCCAAGUUCCUCACACAGCAUGCUGCUACACGCUGGUCACCCGCGACACCCACACACGCUGGAUCUCCCAGGAUCCCAGGGGUCGGCAUACGGACAAGGGGAGGCUCCGCACUGUCCCCAGCUGCUGUCAUCAGCCCAGACAGGGCCCAACGGCAAGCUGUGGCCUUGGCAAAGGACGUUGGAUGCCUUGGAUCCAUCCAAGAAGUGGUUUCCUGCCUCCGCCAGAAGCCUGCCAACAUCCUCAACGAUGGUCAGACCAAGCUCUUGGCUGUCAGUGGCCCGUUCCACUACUGGGGCCCUGUAGUCGAUGGCCAGUACCUGCGAGAAGUUCCGGCCAGAGCGUUGAAGAGGCCUCUGCCAGCGAAGGUGGAUCUGCUCAUAGGGGGUUCCCAGGACGAUGGGAUCAUCAACAGGGCAAAGGCCGUGAAGCAAUUUGAGGAGCGCCAAGGCCGGACCAACAGCAAGACAGCCUUUUACCAGGCACUGCAGAACUCACUAGGUGGCGAGGACUCAGACGCCCGCAUCCUCGCGGCCGCCGUGUGGUAUUACUCCCUGGAGCACUCCACAGACGACUAUGCCUCCUUCUCCCGGGCCCUGGAGAAUGCCACCCGGGACUACUUUAUCAUCUGUCCCAUGAUCAACAUGGCCAGCCUCUGGGCAAGGAGAACCCGUGGAAACGUCUUCAUGUACCACGUGCCAGAAAACUAUGGCCAUGGCAGAAUCAUCCUUGGCCGUGCCUUGCAGUGCCAGGGUCUGGAUUCGCGCCACUCGUGGCUCUCUGACCAGUAUUUGCCGCCUUCUAGUGAGGUGAAGAGGCUACAGGAAG